CCGUGAAUUCUCUUGUUGUUGUUUGACUGUAGAAAGAAUAGUUUCCAGAUGAGGAAGAAAAACUCCAGAUGAAUCGACUGAGAUCUGUGUGACAAACUGCUGUAAAGAUGGAGUUUAUUAAAGAAGAGAGUGAAGACAUCAGUAUUACACAAACAUGUGGAAUAAAAACUGAAGAUACUGAAGAACAAAGAGACCUGAUGGAGCUGAAAGAGGAAAGUCAAGAUCUGAAUGAAGAGGAGAAACAUCAGUAUCAGAUGCCUGUUGAUGUUAUUACUGGUGAUCAAUCUUUUAGUGGCUCACAGACUGAAGAAACCAAAUCCAAAAAAUCUUUCACUUGUUCUCAGUGUGGAAAGAGUUUCACUCGUCAAGGAAGCUUGAAUCGUCACAUGAGAAUUCAUGCUGAAAUGCCUCCUUACACAUGCAAUCAUUGUGAAAUGAGUUUCAAAUGCAAAAUAUCCCUCCUUAGACACAUGCAAGUUCAUAUUAGAGUGAAAUCUUUCAUAUGCAAGCGGUGUGGGAAGAGUUUCACUCGUCAAGGAAGCUUGAAUCGUCACAUGAGAAUUCAUGCUGAAAUGCCUCCUUACACAUGCAAUCAGUGUGAAAUGAAUUUCAAAUGCACAAUAUCCCUCCUUAGACACAUGCAAGUUCACAUUAGAGUGAGAUCUUUCAUAUGCCAUCGGUGUGGAAAGAAUUGCGAAGGUAGAAGAGGUCUUGAAAAACACAUGCGUAUUCACACUGAAGUGGACAGUUACGUAUGCUAUCAGUGUGGAAAGAGUUACACGUUGAAACAAAGUUUGAAACGUCACUUGAGAAAUCACACUGGAGAGAGGCUUUUCACAUGCCGUCAGUGUGGAAAGAGUUUCACACAAAAAGGAAGCCUAAAUAUCCACAUGAGAAUUCACACAGGAGAGAAGCCUUUUACCUGCCAUCAAUGUGGAAAGAGUUUCGUAAAGAAAGACAACCUGAGGCAACACAUGAGAAUUCACAAAGAAGAGAGGCCAUUCACAUGCCGCCAGUGUGGGAAGAGUUUCAAACAAAAAUGUAGCGCAUAUAUCCAUAAGAGAAUUCACUCUGGAGAGAAGCCUUUCUCUUGCUGUCAGUGUGGAAAGAGUUUCAUAAAGAAAGCAAGCCUUAAGAGACACACGAGAAUUCACACUGGAGAAAAGCUCUUCACAUGCCUUUACUGUGGAAAGAGUUUCUCACAAAAUGGAAAUCUUAAUAUCCACAUGAGAAUUCACACUGGAGAGAAGCCUUUCAUAUGUCAUCAUUGUGGAAAGAGUUUCACACUAAAUGGAAGCCUUAAAAUCCACAUGAGAAAUCACACUGGAGAAAAGCCCUACAAAUGCCCUCGCUGUGGAAAGAGUUUCACACAGAAUGGAAAUCUGAAAAUCCACAUGAGAAUUCACACUGGAGAGAAGCCUUUCAUGUGUCAUCAUUGUGGAAAGAGUUUCACACUAAAUGGAAGCCUUAAAAUCCACAUGAGAAAUCACACUGGAGAAAAGCCCUUCACAUGCCCUCACUGUGGAAAGAGGUUCACACAGAAUGGAAAUCUUAAAAUCCACAUGGCAAUUCACACUGGAGAAAAGCCCUUCACAUGCACUCACUGUGGAGAGAGUUUCAAAUUAAAAAGAGACUUUAAUUACCACAUUGGAAUUCACGCUAGAGAGAAACGUUUUCAUGUGCCCUCAGAAUCAGAACCAGAAGGAGCUUUAUUGCCAAGUUGUCUCACAGACUCAAGGAAUGUGUCUUCAGUGACAGAAGCUUCCAGUACACCCAAACCCAAAAUAGAUUAUUCCUCUUGGUUUUUAGAAUAACUUAUUUGUCAGAAAACAUCAUUUCUACACUUAAUUUUAAUAUAAUGGUGUAACAAUAUUUUUAAAUUACCCAAUUAAGCAGCCACAAAGUACCCCUGAUUUCAUUCAUUUCAUCAGUUUCUCAUAAUAUUUUUUGUCACACUUUUGAUUUACACAAUUAUGUUAUGCAAUCUCGUUAACAAUGGCAUGUGUAAACAUGCAAAAUGUUAAGUAGUUAUGUAAAAAGUAAUUAAGCAAAAGCUCCACUCUUUACCACAAUGGUUACCCAACGUAACAGAAUUGGUUCUAAAUCCCAAAAUCACUGAACACCUUUGUCUUUUCUCAUCUUGCUCAUAAACAUAAAAUAACAUAUAAUAACUUAAUUUAAAAAAUGUUACCCUCCCGAUCAAGUACCACACAAAGCAUGCUGGGAACUAUAAAUCCCCCCUACCCAGUUUAAGUUAUGUCAACAACAAAUGUGUUUAUGAAAUACCAACACAAACGUAUUAAGUACAACUCAAUUUAAAACAUUUAAGUAGAUUGGAUACAAUUAAAUUAAGUUCAAUUGUAAAUUAAAUGAUUGUAGGGGGCUUGGUAGCUCAACAAGUAAAAACACUGACUACCACAUCUGGAGUCGCAAUUUAGAAUCCAGGGCAUGCUGAGUGACCGCUGGAUGUCACAGAGAGUUGCGUGAAGCCUCCACACGGACUAGGUCUCCGCGGCAACGCGCUCAACAAGCCACGUGAUAAGAUGCGCAAAUUGACAUGCUUAGAUGCGGAGGCCGAGUCCAUGUCAUUUGUGAUGCACUGAAAUAAAAAACAAAAGAUGUAGCCAGAGUUUGUUUCUCUAUGUUCCCCAACACACACAUGCACAACACACUUAUCAGUUAACCAAUAUGCUUUAAUGGAUCGGUUACCGAGAUAACUUGCAAGAAGAAAAAAAAAGACAGAUAUGUAGCAACGUAUUAGAAACUAAAAAGGGACUUCCGGUGACGUCAUGACCGAGGCUCACAACAAACAACCAAAAUGGCCACCGCUUGAAAGGACAGAGUGCUAAAAAAGACGACCAACAAUGUCAAAAUGACACAGGACACAACAAAGAGAACAUGGCGACAGUGAUAGCCGAGCUGUGCAUGUUAAGAAAGGAACACACUGAAGCCUCAAAAGAUAAUAAAGACACUUUAUCAAGGGUAGAAUCUGCACUCAGCGAAGUAGCUGAAAGAAACACAAAACUUGAGCAAAAUAUGACAGAUUACGAACAGAGACUGAGUGACGCAGAAAACAAGACACAACGAAAUGAGAGAGCCCUUUGCUAUCUGUUACGAAGAGAUGCUAGCCUAUCAGCAAAAUGUGAAGACCUAGAGUCCAGAGCCAGACGGAAUAACAUCCGUAUACCAAGCGAGCCCUCCGAGAUCUAUUAUCAUCAGAUUCCUGGACUACAGCAUCAAUGAACUGGUCAUUCAAGCGGCAUGGAAACACCGGGGAGGAGCGACAUAUAAAGGGAAGAAGAUCUUUUUUGACCAGGACUACACGUCAGACAUCCAGAAGAAACGUAAGCAAGUAAGGGAUGUGAUAAAGCAGCUUAAAGAGAAGAACAUGAAACCUCAAUCGCCAUUUCCUGGAAUCCGGAGCGAAGACCUUGCGGAUGCAACCACGACACUUGAAGAGAUGGGUAUUCAAGUCCAAAUAGACGAACGCGAGAGGCUCCAGGUGGAACUUUCAUGGAAUAGCUGGAAGGCCACGACAUCAAACCGGGAGAACUUAAAGACCAACGCGGAUCUGAAGAGCUUUCUUCACGGUGAAAAUGUAACCACAAAUUAAACAAAUUUGGACUGUGAGGAGAGUUUAUGUUAAAAAUUAAAACAUAAGGACGUGACACGAACUUACUUUACAGGAAAAUUCCGUUCUGGCUAGUUAUGUUAUUGUAAUUUAAAAACACGAUGUUAAAAGGGAUUCUCCUCUGCCGUGGAGCUUUCCCCUUUUUUUGUUAAUUUCUCUCCUCCUUUCUGCUAUGGUUAGUGGAGGCCAUAGCAAAGGCAACUUGUGUACGUGUAACCUAGUUGCAGCACUAUGUGCACAACCACGGAGAGACCGGUAUGCUUGUUGGUCAGUCGGGUUUUUGGAAGUUUGUACUUUUCUUUGUAUGUUUUUGUUGGAUGUUAUUGUAUAUAAUUCUUACAACUAUGCAGUCAAAUAGGGUGCUUUAUGAACAAGGGUAUAAUUUUGGAAAAUAUAUGUUAACUCUUAAAGACAGAAUAGAGGGGUAUUGUUAUCCACAUGGAUAAGUUGACCAUGGUGAGCUAAAAUGUCCAUGGAUUAAACCAUUCUAUCAAAAGGAAAAAAAUAUUCUAUCAGUUAAAGGAAUUGCAAUGUACAAAGCACAAGCCAACCGAACAGUUUCUAAAGUUACACACCCAACAUCAGGCAGAACAGUAUCUCAUCCCAAAGAUGUAGUUGAUGCCUUAGCAUAAUUUUACCAAAACCUAUACAAUGAACCCAGAUUACAAACAACAGAUGAUACUAAAACUUUCCUGGCCGGAUUUGGCCUCUCCACAUUAUCAGAGGAAGCGUCACUACAUAUGAUAACAGACAUUACAGAAAUAGAAAUAAAAAGCAAUAGCAAUAAAAAGAUAAAAAAAUAUUAAAUCUCAAGGAGUUGACGGACUCCCUGGCGAGUUCUAUAAAUACUUCAUAGAAAACUUAGCACCGAUAUUAAUUAGCGUGUUUAGAUAUUCUCUCUCCAAGAAUAAUCCUCCUGAGACAUGGUCACAGGCCAUUUUAUCUGUGAUUCAUAAAGAAGGAAAAGAUCCAACACUCUGUAAGGGAUACAGACCCAUUAGUCUGAUAUGCAAUGACCAGAAAUGAUAAAUUAAGACUAUAAAUAAGAAUAAAAACUAAAUUAAGUAUUUUAGCAAGGAGAGUUCAAGAACAUAUUACAACAUUGAUUAACCCAGACCAAACAGGGUUCAUUCCCAACAGACAGGGAGCUAAUAAUAUAAGAAGAACUUUCAACAUUACCUGUGCCAAAAAAAAAAACAAGCAGACAUUAAUGCUAAUGAGUUUUGAUGCACAGAAAGCAUUUGAUACGGUGAACUGGGACUUUUUAUAUAAAACAUUAUCCGUAAUGGGAUUUCACACAAAGUUUGUACAAUGGGUCAGAGCUAUAUACACAAAUCCAAAGGUGCGUGUCAGAGUAAACAGAUGCUGUUGUGAGUUUUUUUUACUUAUAGAGGGGAGUGAGGCAAGGAGAAUGCCUCAGUCCCCUGCUCUUUGCUAUUAACAUUGAACAUUUGGCAGCAUCUAUAAGAUGGAAUAAGGAAAUAAAAGGCAUAAUGGACAUGGGAAAUAAAGAACAUAAGAUAUCUCUUUAUGCAGACGAUAUCCUGACUUAUAUAAGUGAUCCAAUCAUUUCUAUUCCUGUGCUGAUUAAUACCUUAAAGGAAUAUGGAGAACUUUCUGGCUACCAGGUCAAUCAGUCAAAAUCAGAGGCAACUAUGUUAGUUGGACAAUGGCCUGUGCGACUGGAAGAAUAGAAACUAUAAGAAUGUCCUACCAAGAUUACUCUUUCUCUUCCAAUUAUUACCUGUAUAUGUUCCCAUCCCCCCAUUCAAUUUUACUACAUUAGACAAAUGGCUAUCCAAAUUUUUAUGGCAAGGCAAACGACCCAGACUUAAAUUUGGAAGACUGCUUUGCCUAAUCUGAAAAAAUAUUAUUGGGCAGCCCAACUCCGAUCAAAGGUUGCUUGGAUAUGCCAAGAAACUGACACUAUAUGGGUGGGAAUGGAGCAGAGUGAAUAUCCAGAUAUGCCACUGGACAUUUGGGGGGAAAAGGUUACUAAUGUAUGGAUAAAAAAUAUGGUCAGUUGUGAGAAAACUACAACUUCCUAUGACAAUAUCCAGAGCUAUAAAGAUAACAAACAUCAUAGAUUUCCCUCCAGCUACAUUUGAUAAAGGAUUUCAAAGAUGGAGAGAGGUGUGUUUAGUGGUUUUAGACCAGCUGUUUGAGGGAGCUGUUCUAAAAACAUUUGAACAGCUCAGAGACAAAUAUGAUCUACCAAAUCAAGACUUUUUCAGAUACAUUCAAAUAAGACAUUAUCUACACAGACUUCUCCCCACCACCAAUAUCUGCUCCCCACCAUCCAAGACAGAGCAUUUAAUCAUAUCAACAACUGAAGAAACAGUGAAAGCAAAGUUCAUAUCACAUAUAUACAGGAUAUUACAGGAAGAAUUAAAAGAAAAUAAUCUAGAUAUUAAAGAAAAGUGGGAAUUAGAGAUGAAUACAAUGAUUUCUGAUAAGCAAUGGGAGAUUUCUUGUGGUCAGGGACAUUCCAGUAGCCCUAACUGGAAAGAAUUUGGAUGGAAGAAUAAAAUGAGGUAUUUUAAAACUCCAGCUAUAACAUCAAAGAGUAGCAAUACCUCAGAACAAUGUUGGAGGGGCUGUGGCUCAUUGGGAGACCACACACAUAUAUUUUGGGACUGUCCAAAGCUAUCAGAAUACUGGCAAAAUGUACAAAAGGAAAUCAUUUUUUUUUUUUUUUGUCUAUAUAUGUACCGUUCAAACCAUCACACUUUAUAUUAGGAGUACUGCCAGAUGACCUUGAAGAAAAUAGCCAAACAUAUUUAUUGAGAGUCCUCCUGAUAGCAAACAAAGUAAUAACAUCCUCCUGGCUGAAGCCACACCCUCCCACAAUAACACAAUAGAGGGAAAGAAUUCAGGAUACUUACCACAUGGAAUAUAUGACUGCAUUAUUACAACUGAAAGCAGACGUAUUCUUGAACAAAUGGACCCCCAUUGCCUUACAUUUUCAUCUGAUAUGAUAUUAUGAUAUGCAAAACUGUUUAUUUAUUUUAUUAUUUUUUUCUUUAUAAAGGCAGUGGUUAUUUCUAACAUGCAAGUUACUCCACUUAUUUCUCUGUACCCAUGUAAUACUAUGUAUAUUGUUAAGAUAAUGAACGAUCCCUGCUUACACCCUUUAAUGUUAUGCUUUGCCUCCGAUGACUGAGAUCCAUGGACUAAUAGCCCUUUAAGAGGUAUGCUUGUGGCACUUUAUUGUACUGUAAAUAAGAUGUGUUGUGAUAUAUUGUAUGACUGCACUGGAUAA